UAUUGUAUUUUUUUAUUUAAAAUUGAAUAUAAACAAAUGAAAACUAAUUUCACAAUAUACAAUAAACGGAUAUUAUUAUAAAAGAUCUCGGGAUCCUCACUCUUCAGUUUCCAUCCAUCUUUAUGAGACUUUACAGUUGACUUGACUCCCAGUCUCCCAGUAUGGCUGUUGACAAGGUUCAGACUUGAGACGCGAAAUUCAUUAAGCUUCAGGCAACCUGCUGCACAGCUCGAAACACAUCAGGUUUUCCCCUAACCUUCUUUCUUUCAUCUUCAUUUCCUGCUUUCUCUUCAUUGUCUGCUUCAUCAAAUCUUCUUUUUUGAAAAGCCACGCUUCCCUCUAUAUAUUAUGUAACGAAAAGAAGAAGGCCGGUUUAGUGAAUAACUUUGAGGUUGUUUGGUAUUCAUUUGAAAAUAAUUUAUAGCUUUAAAAAUAAUGAAUGCAAAUGACUUCCUACUGAUUAGUUUCGAAAACAGAAAAAUUUGGAUCCAAGAAAGAAUACCAAAGAUGUCAUUUCUUCAUCAAGAAAAGAAGAGUAGAGGUCCUCAAUAGUUAUAUAUGUGCAUGUUUUGCAGUUUUGAUUCAACUGCUUACUAAUCACCCCUUAGGGAUAACAAUAUUUGUUAUGUAUGUGCUUUCGCAAUUGAACGUUUAAUCACCUACCGAUAAGUGCUCAAGGAAAUGGUUUCAACACGCCAUUUUUCCCACACUGCACAUCCUUGUUUAUUUUUGGCCUUUGAAUUGAAUAAAGCGAAGGAGAAUCAAGCGACAAUUUUAAACACGGGUGCUGAAGAAAUCAUUUCCCAAGUGUUUAAGCCGAUGACAAUACAUGAAAGUGGUUUGAAAGAAAAGGAAAGGGAAAGGGAAAGGGAGCCAAAUGGCCGGUAAGGUUAACCCCAUUCCUAACAGCAUCAAGAAGCUAUGGGACAAGUGGAACCUCAGGGGCUUUAUCCUCUUAAGCCUCACAUUGCAGACCCUUUUAAUUAUUUUUGCACCCGCGCGAAAGCGGACGCCAAACAUGGGGAUAAUGUUCAUCGUUUGGUCAUCUUACUUGCUCGCUGACUGGGCUGCUAACUUUGCCAUUGGAUUAAUCUCAAACAGCCAAGGCGACCAUGCAGGUGACGACUAUCCUGGUGAUCUUCUGGCAUUUUGGGCUCCCUUUCUUUUGUUGCACCUUGGCGGUCCAGACACCAUUACUGCGUUUGCGCUUGAAGAUAACACUCUGUGGCUCAGGCACUUUCUUGGCCUCAUAUUCCAAGUUGCAGCUGCUGUGUAUGUCUUCAUUCGAUCCUUCCCCAAAAACAAACUAUGGCUCCCAACCGGCCUCCUUUUUCUUGCUGGAAUCAUCAAGUAUGCUGAGCGCACACGGUCCUUGUAUAGUGCAAGCUUGGAUAAUUUCAAGGAAGCCAUGAUAAAAGAAGCUGAUCCAGGACCAAAUUACGCAAAGCUUAUGGAAGAGUACUCCUCGAGAAAAGAUUCCCAACUUCCAACUCACAUAGAACUCACAGCAGAACGCAGCAAGGAAUCUAGGACGGUGACUUACGUGAUAGGCAAAGAUGAGCUGGACAGUGAUAUUGCAGUGGUGAAACAUGCUCAUUAUUUCUAUCAAAUCUUCAAGGGUCUAAUUGUGGAUCUCAUUUUCAGCUUCCAUGAACGCCAGGAGAGUCGUGCAGUCUUCCUUGAAAGAACACCGAAAGAAGCAUUUAAAUUAAUUGCAGUCGAGCUCAACUUUAUGUAUGAAGCUCUCUUCACCAAGGCUGCUGUGGUGCAUACUAAGCCAGCAUACAUUCUCCGGGUGGUUUCUUUCAGUGCGAUUGUCAUAGCCCUUGUUUUCUUCUAUAGAUUAGAGAAAGAGGGUUUGCACUCGUUUGAUGUUAGAAUUACCUAUACCUUGCUGUUUGGUGCCAUAAGCUUGGAUUCAAUAGCUAUUGUCAUGCUUACAUUCUCAGAUUGGACCAUUGCUGCUCUGAAUAAGUUUUGGCAAAAUUCUGGUCUAGCUAAAACUAUUUUCGGAAAGUAUCUCGAUUUCAAGAGAUCGCGGUGGUGGCCUAAGGCAAAAACAAGAAAUGAGGGCGGCCAAAUUCCUAAAACAAAAGCAACAAAAUGUUUGGAGUGGAUUAGGAGAAUCCUAUUUCGGAGGUGGUACGAAUCUGUCUCUACAUUCAACUUGAUACAUUACUCCCUCAAGGAGAAGCGGAAAAUAUCCCCGACAUGGUAUGACUACUUUGGCAUUGGCUACAUUAAAGUCAUCACCUUAUUUGGCCUCAAGGAUCUUCAUGAUAAGUUGAUAUAUAGGACCAAAAAGCCACUCGCUGAAGAGUUAUGGGUUUUUAUUUUUGAGCAGUUGAUAAGUAAAUCCAUGCUCGCUGAUGAUCCUGAAACUGCAAGGAAAAUAGGUGCGGCCAGAGGUGAUUGGGUUCUCGAGGGUAGCGAUUGGGAUAGUAAGGUGAUCACUAAGUUACUAUCUUACGUUGUUGAUGUGGAAUAUGACAAGAGCAUUUUAUUGUGGCACAUUGCUACAGAAUUGUGUUUCAACGAUGACAAAAGUGAAGCUGAAGGUGAAGCUGGGCCUGAAGUUAGUGAUGAAACUAAAAAAAGUAAAGAACACAGUAAGACCAUAUCUGAUUAUAUGUUGUACCUCUUAGUUAUGCAGCCUUCUAUGAUGUCUUCUAUAACAGGAAUUGGACAAAUAAGAUUCCGGGACACAUGCGCAGAAGCCAAGAAAUUCUUCAGCAGAAGGGAUCUAGGAUCCGUACAAGUGAAAGAAGCUUGUGAAAAACUCCUGGAGGUAAAUACAGAUGUUGAGCCUGUUGCUGUCAAAGGGGAUAGAAGCAAAUCUGUGUUGUUCGAUGCUUGUAUUCUGGCCAAAGAGUUGAGAAAAUUGAAGGACAAGAAAUGGGAGCUGAUGAGCGAAGUGUGGGUGGAAAUUAUGUCUUAUACUGCAAGUCAUUGCCGAGCGAAUGACCAUGCGCAACUGCUGAGCAAAGGUGGAGAGCUAGUGACUUUUGUUUGGUUAUUGAUGGCUCAUUUUGGCAUAGGAGAGCAGUUCCAAAUAAAUGAGGGCCAUGCGAGAGCAAAACUCAUCGUGGGAAAGUGAACGGAGGUACUGAACCUGAAUAAGAACAAAAAUAAUUGGAUGUUAUUGAAAAGCCUCAAAUCUUGUAGACAUUAACGCUUGUUGAAAAGACUGCAAAAACUCAUGAAACUUAAAACAAGAAUGAGCAUGUCCAAGGCUUGUGCUCCAUGCCAAAACAA